AUGGAAUGUAAAAGAAAUGAAAUAUUAUGGAUAAAAUAUUUUAAAUUACUUGAAAUAAUAGAUAAAUAUUCUGAAUCAACAUAUGAUUUAUGGCAAAAUGUAACAUCACUUGAUCAAAAUAUUGUUAAAGCAUUAAAGAAUGAUAAAAGAAUACAUUUAUAUACUAUUAAUAAUCCAAAAUUAAAAGAUAUCUCAUCAAUAUCUUCAAAUCCAUUAAAAAAUUUAAUUGGAAGAAGUUGGAUAAAGUUAAUUAUUUUUAAUGAUGGUAUUGUAAUUAUUGAUAAAAAUGAUUAUAUAUUUCUUGAAUUUCCUCUUUUAUGGAUUUUUGAAAAAGAAAUUGGAGAAAGUAAUAAUAAUGAUAAUAAUAGUAAUAAUAUAUUAUCAAUUAUUUCACCAGAAUAUGAAUUUGAAUUAGAUACUGGUGAUGUUAAUAUAAAGACAGAGGUAAUAAAAGCUUCAAUUUUUUGGUAUAAUUAUUUAUCAUUUUUAAAAUUUUUAUCAUAUCAUAAAAAUAAUAAUUUUGAUGAAAUUCCACCAAUUGAACGUUUUGUAUCAUAUAAAUUUACAUCUUCUCAUCAAGUUUUUAGAAAUGCCACAUAUACUGGAUUUUGGAAAAAGGGUAAACCAAAUGGAAAUGGUAUUAUUAUAUUUCCAGGUGGUAAAAGAUAUAAAGGAAAUUUUAAAAAUGGUUUAAUUGAAGGAUAUGGUAAACUUCAGGUUCCUGUUGAUAAUACACCAUCAACAACAACAGCUUAUUUUAUGCAAAAUGUUUUUUUUUCAAGUGUUGAAAUACAUCCAUUAUCUAUUGAAGAAAUAAAAAAGAAAAAAUAUGAUUAUAUGGAAGGUAUAUUUAAGAAUGGUGUUCUUCAUGGUCUUGCAAUGAUUCGUUUUGCUAAUGGUGAUACAUAUAUGGGAUAUUUUAAAAAUGGUCAUCGUGAAGGAUUUGGUAUCAAUUGUCAAUUAUCAUUUGGUGUUGGUGAAAAAAUGUAUUGUGGUCAAUUUAAAAAUGAUAUGAAACAUGGUUAUGGUGUCUACAGUACAAAUCAUGAAAAAUAUUUAGGUAUGUGGGAGAAUGACUUACGUCAUGGAAAAGGUUGUCAAAUAACAAUAGAUGGUGUUUAUCAUGAAGGAACUUUUGACAAAGAUCGUUUUAUUAGAGGACAAAUGAUAUAUUAUUGUGAGAAUCUUUUAACAACAAUAUUUAAUGGAGAUUUUGAUAAAGAAGGAAUAGCAAAUGGAAAAGGAAUUCUACAUACAUCACCUUUUGAUUAUAUUGAAGGUUAUUUUCAAGGAAAUAUAUUGUUUAAUGAGUUAAAAAUUACCAAUGCAAUAUAUAAAAGAAAAAAUGAUGUAUUGUUAAUGGAUCCAAUUCUCCGACUUGUCUCACCUGUUAUUGAUGAAAUGAUUAUUAAUAUUAAUGAGAAUAUUGCUGAUGUUGGUGAGAGAUGGCUUGAUGUUUUUACACAUUUUUUAGAAGAUCAUUUUAAAAUUGAAUGUCAUAUAGAAGAAUUAGAAUCUUUACAAAAUAUUGAUAGAAAUAAAAUAUGGGAAGAAAUGUUAUCUUCAUAUAAUAAAAUUCAACAACAAUUAUUAAUAGAAAAUGAUAAUAUUAAUAUAAAUGAUAAUAAUUUAAUGGAUGAAAAAUUUAUACCAAAAUAUAAUUUACCAUGGAAUGUUGAAUAUUAUAAUAUGGUUGAUAAUUAUUUCAAAACAUCUAUUAAUUUAUCUUAUCAUCCAAUAAAUCGUUUAAUUAAAGGAAUGUUAGAGGUAUUUACUUUUGCUUAUGAUAAAAUUGGAGCACAUAAAUGUUUAUAUCAGCAAAUUGUUGUUGAACUUCAUGUAAUUAUAAGAAGAUUAUACAUAAUUAUGAGAUGUUUAUUUCCAAAUUUACCAUCAUCAGAAAAUAUGUAUACUGUUGUUGAAAAUAAUGAUAAUAGUAAAAACAAUGAUAUUGAAAAUAAUACACCAGCAUGUAAUUUUAUUGGAAAUUAUUUUUUUAUUGAAGGUUAUGCUGUACUAUUUACAGUAUUUCAAAUGCAUUGUCAGGAAGCAGAUCAAAAAUAUUUUGAAAGAAUAUGUUAUUUAAAUACAUUUAAUGAUUCAAAAUUAAGUGAUAUGAUGGGAUUAGGUGAUUAUUUAAAACCAUCUUCAAUAAUAUAUCAAAUUGAUAAUAAUUUACCUAACAUAGAAUAUUAUAAAACUGCUAUUCAUAUCUUUCAAACACUCUCAGGACAAUGUAAUCCAGUUAAAAAACUUUCUAUUCUUGAAGAAACAUUUGAUGAUAUAUUAAAGGAAGUUGCAAAUACAUAA